AUGAUUCAAGACUUCACCCAUCCAGACACAGUGGAGAAGGUCAACAAAGAGACCCAACCAUUCAGCGAAACAGAUAAGCCAUGGAUCGGCUCUCUGUUCCCGCCAGAGACAAGGAGAUGUUCAAACCUGAUCGGUCGUAGCAAGACCGCAAUCAAGGAAUGGUUGGUAGAUCCCUUGAUCAGAAGAUUGAACGCGGAGUUCAUCGACAAGACCACACACAACUACUACGGCGAAACGCGACACACCUAUACCAGCGAGGCUUCUUGUGCCAUCUCCGUGUCAUUCAGUAUCGACCCAGAGGAGCUGCUCAGAGACUGCUUCGCGACGACAAAAACUGGCAUGCGACUCAUCUCGAUCAGACCAAGACAGGUUAUCAGAAAGGUUCAGACUCACCUAUGGAGCUCAGAGCUCGUCCCAAGACCCGGUGAUGAUGUCGUCUACGCUGAACACGACGUCGGGGAAGUCUGGGUCAUGCUUGGUGGAGUUUACCAUGCUGACGGCGCAAACACCACGUCUGACAAAUGGCGUGUCGUUCACGGUUUGUUCUUCACGCGCGGCUCCAUGCGCCAGGAGGAGGAUGUCUACCUGGCCAACACAGCAGAAGAAGUGCUGUCUUGGUCACCAGAGGCGCAGAAGAUUGCGGGCUGUUCGAUCUCGAGCCAAAAUGUCAUUUUCGUGAACUUCUUAUCGCCUAUUCAGUAUUUUUUGACUGGUGGUGUCGUGGAUCAUUACGGUGAUCUAGAUGCUGCUGAUGUCAAGUAG